CCUUCAAAGGUAAGAAGACUUUAUUUUAACUUGCACCUUCAACUCAGUUAUUUACAAAUUUUCGCUUCUCAUAGAAACAACUUUUCAACAGUUUCCCCACCGACCAUGUUGCCCACCUUUAUUUUAUUGACACUUCUAUCCUCUUCGUAUGGACAUAUACUUCGAAUGGGUGACUGUCCCGAUGUUGAGGUGAUGAGAAAUUUCGACAUGGACAAGUUUCUUGGAAAAUGGUUUGUUCUUCAAAAAUUCCGAACAAUGAGCAACUGUAUGGCAGAAGAGAUUACAAAAGAUGAAAAUGGUGACUAUCAUAUAAGCGAGUUCCUUGUGCCAUUGGGAGUCCAAAUUCAUCAAAGAGGAAAAGUUGAAUUCGCUAAGAAUGAACCAAAGUCCGCUAUGAGGGUUGAUUAUCCAAUAACAACUCCACUUGGAAGCCAAAAUUAUUGGGUCUUGGACACUGACUACACAUCUUAUGCUGCUGUUUGGUCUUGCCAGAAGAUAUUGUUUGGCCAUCGUCAAUCAGCUCAAAUAAUGAGUCGAACUUCUGAUCUUCCCAAAGAAAAGAUACGUGAAUUGAGACAAAAGUUUGAAUCUUAUGGAAUUAAUGAGCACGACUUCAGUUUCAUUGACCAGAAGAAAUGUGAAUCAAACGACAAUAAACGUUCCAGUAUCAACGAGACGAAUUGCACAGGUUGUAUUAAAAAUUCCAACUUUGCCAUGAAAGUUGGACCAGUCCGCAUUUUAACCAAACGCCGACGUUAAUAAAUGUAAAUUAAACAUCGUUUAACCAAUUUGGACAAACAUCAUCUUCAAAAUGGGUGGAACAAAGUAUCAUCAACUGGAUUUGAUUGCUAAUUUCGAUCUCAAUUUGUUUUCAUCGCUUGAUCAAUCAAUUGUUCAUGCAUAGCCCCUAAUUGCAUUAAAAUUUUAAAAAUUUGAA